ACGGCGGCUGACUUGACGUGGCCCACAACUGCGAGGUCUGGGGAGAGGGCGCCGCGUCCAGGUGUGGAGAGGGGCGGCGUGGAAGCGAAAAGAGCCCGUCCCUCUCUUUCCCCUUUCCCCCUUUCGGAAAGUGGUUUCUGCGGGGCCCGGGAGCGUCGGAAUACCGGACCUCGAUCCACGGGGUGGGGUCCUUGGUGGGGACUGAGCGCCCCCUCCCGGGGACGGGCGGUCUGGCCGCAGCGUCCCCUGCGUCAGCCUGAUUGGCUGGAGACGGUCCCGAAUCCCCCGGGGAGCCCGAUCCCUGGGGGACCUUGGCUUCGGACUCCAGCAGCUGUCAUCGCAGGGUCCCUGCCCUAGUGGCCUAUGUCACUUGCUCGGGGCCAUGGAGACACUGCGGCCACCACGGCGGCGCCUCUGUCUGAAGAAGGGGAAGUGACCUCCGGCCUCCAGGCUCUGGCCGUGGAGGAUACCGGAGGCCCCUCUGCCUCGGCCGGUAAGGCCGAGGACGAGGAGGAAGGAGGCCGAGAGGAGACCGAGCGUGGGGGGUCCGGGGAAGAGGAGGCGCGGGGAGAAGUCCCCAGCGCCGGUAGGGAAGAGCCUGCGGAGGAGGACUCCGAUGACUGGUGCGUGCCCUGCAGCGACGAGGAGGUGGAGCUGCCCGCGGAUGGGCAGCCCUGGAUGCCCCCGCCCUCCGAAAUCCAGCGGCUCUAUGAACUGCUGGCUGCCCACGGUACCCUGGAGCUGCAGGCCGAGAUCCUGCCCCGCCGGCCUCCAACGCCGGAAGCCCAGAGCGAAGAGGAGAGAUCCGAUGAGGAGCCGGAGGCCAAAGAAGAGGAAGAGGAAAAACCACACAUGCCCACGGAAUUUGAUUUUGAUGAUGAACCAGUGACACCAAAGGACUCCCUGAUUGACCGGAGACGCACCCCAGGAAGCUCAGCCCGGAGCCAGAAACGGGAGGCCCGCCUGGACAAAGUGCUGUCGGACAUGAAGAGACACAAGAAGCUGGAGGAGCAGAUCCUUCGUACCGGGAGAGACCUCUUCAGCCUGGACUCAGAAGACCCCAGCCCUGCCAGCCCCCCACUCCGAUCCUCCGGAAGUAGUCUCUUUCCUCGGCAGCGGAAGUACUGACUCCCACUGCUCCUGCCUCUAGGGUGCGGUGUCUGUACCUGCUGGGGCCUGGGCCCUCCUGCCCCAGCACAGACACUGAGAAACUUGGGAAGAAGAGAAAAACCUCAAGCUCCCAAACAGCACAUUGCGGGAAAGAGGAAGAGUGUGUGUGUGUUUUCUAUUGAACACCUGUAGAGAGAGUGUGUGAGUGUGUGUGUGUGUUUUUUCUAUUGAACACCUAUUCGGAGACCUGGACUGAAUUUUCUGAGUCUGAAAUAAAAGAUGCAGAGCUAUCAUCUCUUAAAA